UGGGACUGUCAAGGGAACAGAAAGUUUUGUAUUGUGAAUUUAUCAAUCUGUCAAAAAAAAUUCUAGUUUCUUGUGUUCUAUGAUUAUAAAAAAUAUGGUGGUCGAUGUCGUUUCUCAGGCAGUGUUUUCAUAAUUUCAUUUUUUAAAUUAGUAGUACUAAAACUAGAUCAAAUAAAAUUUACGAUGGCAGAAGCCGCUGUAGAAGAUAGACCAUCACAAAAGUUUUACUGUCACAUGUGUAAUGUUCAGUUCCAAAAUGCAUCUGCGAAUUUCACGUGCCCCCAUUGCUCGGAUGGUUUUAUCGAAGAACUACAAGAGGCCCCAGAGAAUACAGAAUUCGAGAAUUAUGAUAUGAUUGAUGUUGAAGACUGGGAAGAUGCUGAAGUAAUGGAUAGUUUGAUGAGUAGUUUGCCUUUGAACUUGAUGGACGAACGUAGGACAAGAACCAGAUCUGAGGGAAAUCGCCCUGGGAGAAGGUACGCUAAUCGUGCCAGGAUAGUUAGACCCAGAACUCUUACAAGAAUAGCAUCCUCAAAUUUGAGACAGCAUGUUCCGUUUGAGAAUUUGAUGCAAGAUUUCAUAGUAAAUUUGGGUGUCGGUGUAAAUUGGGGAACAGCAGCUAAUUUGCAGCUGUUUUUAGGCAACCCCGGAGACUAUGCUUGGGGCAGAGAAGGUCUAGAUGCCAUUGUCACACAGUUACUUAACCAAAUGGAUAGUACAGGUCCCCCUCCAGUGUCGAAAGAAGUUAUCGAUGCUCUAGCUAUAGUGGAAGUGACAGAAGAACAAGUCUCCGCUAAAUUACAAUGUUCAGUAUGCUGGGAAGACUUUCAGUUGAGAGAGAAUGUUCGUCAGUUGCCAUGUCUCCAUAUCUACCAUGAACCAUGUAUUCGUCCAUGGUUGGAACUGCAUGGUACUUGUCCAAUCUGUAGACAGAACCUAGGAAAUAAUGAACAAACAAAUAGCGACAAUAGUCAAGAUUCUGGCGGAAAUUUUAAUGGAGCAAAUACUCCAUACAAUGUCUUCCGCAGCAUCUUCAAUUCACAACCUAGCAAUUCUUCAAACAAUUCUAGUUCGAAUACAUUCGAAAAUUCGGGCACGAGGACGAGAUCGAGAUCUCACAGUGACUCAACAAUGUAAUUUCUACGUUUUUAGAAUUAUUCCCAUAAUAAAAGAACCAUUUUACAAAAAAAAGACGGUUCUGUGUUAUUUCGGCGCAAUUAAAAAUAAAAAGAAAUAUUGGAACAUAGAAUUCUCAGGUUAAUGACAUAGCGGCAUGUUUACUGAUAAAAAGUGGCGACUAAUUAAUAAACUAUUUUAAAUACGGUUAAAUGUUCUACGCGAACCAAUAUUGCAUUUUACCUUUUUGUCAUAUUAGCACAUUUGUUUUGUUACUAACAUUAAAUAAUAUCAGUUUAAUAAUUUUCAGUAGUAGUGUUUUGAAUUUAUUAUUACACUAUGUACGCCAACGUACAGGGUUAAAGCGCGUUCAGACAAUGAAAUUGAUGUGACAUCUAAUACACUGACAGUGAUUGACAUUCAAUAUCACAGUACUAAGUACAAAGAUCUGUAAUUUCUACAACGUUUAAUAUUCUUGUACUGGGUUGUCUUAUUUGUCUAUUAAUUCCUUGCUUUCAAAAUCAGAUUCAUCAUCAGUCUGAAUCCUCUUGAAAAAAUGU